AUGGCCUCGUCGCUCGACCUCGACCAGGUGCUCUACGCACGCGCAGGAUGGCGCAAGGCCAUCUUGAUCCCGCUAUGGAUCUUCCAGGUCACAGUGUUACUGGGCCUGAUGGGCAUCUUUGCGUACCGUCUGGCCGAGACAUUUGAGCAUUAUGAGGAACACGACAAGUUGGGCGAGAUGCCCAUCGUCGAGGUUGUCUGGGAAGCCACCAACGUCGGUUUCAACCUCAUCGCACUGCUCCUCAACAUCCUCGAAAUCGCUCGCAAGGCCACCGAGCGGCUGACGCCUUUCACCAUGGUCUGCACCCACGUCAUCAAGCUCACCCUAGCUUUCGCCGUGCUCGCCCUCGACAUCGUCGCCUACCUACAACGCAUCGACGGGCACUACUCGACCAUCGGCCUCUCGCUCGACUGCGGUCUACUGUACUUACCCCUUCCCCCCUCAACCACGCCACCUUACACGCAUCCUAACUAA